UCCUCCUCCUCCUCCUCUCCACAGGUUGAGGUGGUGAACACCAGCAGUGUCAGCGUUCAGGAGGAGAGCGUGGUGGAGGAGUCGGUGGUGGAGUCGGUGGUGCAGAAGUUCUCCAGGGUGGAGGUGAGGGCCGAGCUGCCCGAGCCCGAGCCGGCGCCCAAGCUGGACACGCGCUACUUCGGAGAGCUGUUGGCGGAGGUCUACCGCAAGAACUGUGACAUCCACUCCUGCAUCUCGGAGCAUGUGGCCAAGAUCCGCGGACGGAAACAUCUCCUGGAUCCCACCAUUGACUACAAGGUUGAGAGGCUGGAGGUGGAGGCCUUAAUCCCCAAAGGCCUGUCGGAGCUGACCAAACAGCAGAUCCGCUACCUGCUGCAGACCCGGCUGACGGCUGAUAAGACCAUGCGCCUGCUCCUGACCACCUUCAGCAGCCUGAGAGAGGAGCUGCUGCACAUGCGGGACAACCUCCAUCGCAUAGAGAGUGAGAAAGAGGAGCUGGAGAGGGAUUUGAGCUUCAAGUCUGACCAGGCCGUGCAGUACGACCGCCUUGUGGAGAGUCUGAGAGAAAGCAACCGGCUGAUACAGGUGACCCUGAAGGAGACCACCAGCUCCCAGCGCAGCCUGGAGAUGCAGCUCCUCAGCACCCGCAGCAGCGACUCCAGCCACGAGUUCCGCAUCAAGGAGCUGGAGGGCAGCAGGAGGGCCCUGGAGCAGGAGAACGAGAUGCUCAGACAGAAGCUGGCGGGCCAGAGCAGUAGCACCACUCUGCAGGUUAAGACAGAAGAGCUGUCUCGCCAGUAUAACCAGAUGCUCACUUCCCUGCGCGAGGAGAAGGACAAGGAGCUUCAGAUCCUCCGGACCCAGGUGAUAAAGAUCCAGACUGAACACACCAGCGAGCGCACCAGUGACAGGAGCCUGCAGCUGCGCAUCACCGAGCUCCUGGCCACCCUGGAGCUGCGCGAGACUCUCAUCAAACGGCAGGCGGAGGACAUCCUGAGACUCCAGCAGGAGAAAAACAGCGCCGCACAAAAUGUCACCAGGACUGUCAUCACUAAAAGGUACAGGAACCAGUACCCCAUGAUGGGGCUGCUCAGCGAUGACUACCAGUCCACGUCCCCGGUCAAGGACACCAAGACCAUUGUGAUCGAGAAUAGCGGAGAAAUGAUCAAACAGGAAAUCUUUACCACCCAUUAAAGAACAAAACAAAAACCAAACUGCUUCUCUCUGACAGGAAUGAAUGACAUGAAGACCCUGGAGACUCUCUCUCUCUCUCUCUGUCUCUCUCUGUCUCUCCCUCUCCCUCCCUCUCUCUCUCCUUCCCCCGUACCGCAUGCUCUUGUCUCGCUUUCUCCGGGGCUAAGUCAGGGUGGUGGUGGUAAGGGCAAACACUAAAGGCACUAAGGCUUGGGCGCAGCGUGCUAUUGGGACACCCAGGGGUGGGGAUGUAGGGGGAUAGACAUGAGUGAGUUAAGCACUGCAGGUCAGGCCACUUCAGAGCUGUCAAGGUUCUGUCGUUGGACCUUUUUGACCUUUCUGUUAUUCAAUGUUUCCACCACAACUCUGGUAGCCUCAGAGAAAUUCUUAUGCAUCAAAAUACUAACAGGAAUGUAAAUAAAUGCAAUUUGAAAUAAACAUGGGAAGUAUAAAAACAAGGGAUGCAUGCUUUUAACAUGUGCAUUUUUUAAAGGAGACCAUUUAUAUAAGGAACGAAACGGACACCAUUUUCUGUUUUUUUGGUAAUGGUAAAUUAUGUUUUUAUUUUUUUGUUUGUGUACAAUCGUGUAUUUCAGCACGCAAAUGUUGUUGAUUGUUGUUGUUGUUGUUAAGGUUACAAGGGGUGUAUUGGUUAUUUGCUAGUUAUUUGCUGUCAAAACAUGGUGGCAUUGGCUGGUGAUGGAGCUUGCAUGACGGGACAUUUUAUUUUAUUUUAUUUUAUUUUAUUUGUUUUACACCAGACCAAAAACAUUUUAUUGAUAUAUAUAGUUUGUCACCUGUUUUUUCUACUUUGUUUUUUUGUAUUGGUUCAUUAAUGGCUUCAGUUUGUAGGUGUAAUUUGGGACCAUUGCUAGUAUAGCCCUGAACUGAGUAGAAUUUGAGUCCACUCUGUUUGAACUCGAGGGAAUUGAAACAAAUUCAGAUUUGUUUGAGUUCCAGGUGUGUUGAGGAUUUGGAGGGUGAGAAAUUGGGCUGGGAUUCGAAAAAAAGCUCUCAUGGUAAAAGAGUAAUUUUUCUAGUCCUAGCGCCACCUUCUGACCAGUUCUUGAACUGCACUGAAGAGAGAAAACAGAAUUGGCACAAAUUCUAGAGAAAAAAACACACUACUUAAUCCACUAUAAUAAUUUAUCAAACAAAUGUUGUUGUAUCUUUUUUUCUUAUAAUUGUAAUAAUUCAACUACAGAGUGCUGCUCUUCAAGUGACUCAUCUGAAUGCAAGCCUACUUUAGUUAGUAAAAACUCAUUUAGUGGAACUGUUGCGUUACAAAAUUAGCCUAUGUCAAAUAACUGGUCAGAUGCACUGGCAAUCAAGUAUUCAGUACAAUCCAAAAAACAUCCUGUCAUGUGUAAUAGAUUAUGAGACCGGCCAAUAAUCACCAAUAGGAUCAAUACAUGACCACUGUGACCCCUUAAGCUCGGUUGGUGAUGCGCUGUCAUUCAUGAACCCAACAUCAGUCUUCAAACUGCAUUUGGGAUGUUAUAGUGGAACAAAUCCUGCUUGAUCUCUGUAAUAGGACACAUUUCCAAAAAAUGCUUGAAAUCUGCCACACUGGCUAUAAUUGAAUUUCUACAUUAGCGGAAUCUUGGCCAGGAUUUGUUUCUUGAAUGCAUCAUCCCAAACACAAGGUCUGAGUGAAUGAUGAUACAAGUCUUAAAGUCUGUUCUGCCCCUGUCAGAUUUAUUAAAGUGCUUCAACACAAAACAUAGAGCAUAGUUGGGAGAGUGUACAACAAGGAAUUGAUUUACUGUUCACUGUGGACACGGAAUAUAAUGAUGACAUUUAGCCAUAGGCUUAUGCACUCUACACACAGUGUCAAUGUACGACCUUGUAUCUCCAACUGUCAAACAUUAAUAUAAACAAUACAACUGGUUUAGUAUGCAGGAUGUUGGCUGUUGUUCUUGAUGUAUGGUCCCAACACAUGAACUUGUUUCUGUUGAAGGAUAACACCUUCUGUUUGGUCCAAAGCAUUGUGAGGAUAUUUAGAAUAUUUUUUUAUUGCAAUAAAAACAGUUGACAGUACUACUGACAGUGCAGUACAAAACGUGUACGAUCCGCUGAUUUUCAGUGGUUUUGCUGCAGGAUUGAAAUACUUGUUUAUGGGAUAUAUAUAUACUUGUGUAUGUUUAUGGGAUAACUUCAUUGUCAGUUUGUCAAGAUGGCCUGUUUUAUACUUUGGUUCUUUGGAUGGGAAAUACUUUAAUUUACUGUGGGCAGAUCCUCCUUGUUUGAUAUGGAUCUGUACCAUUCUAAGAUGUAUACAUUUACUGUCAUCUCACUGUUUCAAUAAAACAUUUUGAAAGUAGA